AUGAGUUCACGGUCGCGGCUCCUUUACAUCGCGCCACGAUCGCCGGUCCCGGGGAUCGUUUCACUGAGCCACGAGCGGUGGGGGCACAUGCACUGCGCGUCCGGGCACCGGUCGCGGCGCGGGACGAGCGCUCGCACGGGCCAGCGCCGACACACGACAACCCCCGUCGCAAUGGCGAAGCGGCCGGGCACGCGCGCGCGCCCUGCGCCGCAGCCCCCCGAGCCCGCCCGAGCACGCCCGAGCUCGCCCGAGCGAGGUGAACAAACCCGCCACGCUUCUCCCUCUAACACAGUGACGAGGUUAAAAAGGAUUUUAGACUUUCACAGGGCAUUUCACGGUUCGAUCGUCCGCGACGCGGAGCUUUCGGAGCCUAGACCGCGCCGCGGUCGCGGUGCUGUCGAACCCGACCUCGGGAGG